AUCAUUUUAAUUGUCAAAAUCGCUUAAAUUGCACAUACGAGAACAUAUUUGACUUGUUCGAAACGUCAGCAAAUGUUGUUGAACCAUGACUGCUAGAUUGCUGCCUUUACCGCUUCGAUACAUACGUCACGAUUCUUACUUAAAUUCCCGGAUGUGUGACGUCAUUUCCCAUGGACAAAGUUGUGGUAGGACAUGUCACGUUAGGUGACCGGUGUGGGUUUUGUAACUGUAAACUAACCGGUCUCCUGCAAAAUGUUGGCUUGCAAGCGUAUCUGUUCCAGCACCACGAUAUCUGCUUUCCGUGCUCUUCGCGGUAGUCAAGUAGUGCUUUUUGGCCAGGUGCAGAGAUGUCUGUCCACCCAAACAGAUGGAGAGGUCCGCAUCGCUAAGCUUUUGAGGCAGAAGUUCCCGUUAGCUUCGUCGCUCAAAGUUGUGGAUAUAUCAGGUGGGUGUGGGGCCAUGUAUGAGAUACAUAUAGAAUCCAGUGAGUUCAAAGGAAAAAGGACUAUUCAGCAACACCAGCUGGUAAAUCAGGCACUCAAAGAUGAGAUUCAAGAAAUGCAUGGCCUGCGAAUAUUCACUGAUGUCCCAAAACAGUAGAUGUUGUCCCCAGUCUGGACCCAGAAUCUUUUCCUUUUGUUCACAUAUGAAAAAGUACGAAUGUACAGAAAUGCAGCAGAAUGUGUGAAAGGUGAAGUACAAGUCAGAUUACACUAAGUUAUAUACAUAUAUAUAUAUGUGUUUUUUUCCUUAAAUCCGAAGAAAUGUUCUCUGAUAUAAAACCAGUGAAGGCUGUUAUACGCACAAAACGACUUGGGGAAAUGUUAACUCAACAUUACGCUGUUGGGAUUCUUCUAAGUCCAGGCUUUCCUCAGGGUUGAUAGUGAUGCAAAGUGGGUCCAGAAAGCAUUGGAUGCAGUCAUUAUGAAUAGUCUUUUAUCUGAAGACCCUUCCUUUAAACCCACGAACAGUAGCUUGCAUUUUUUCUGAUAAUAUGACUACAACGAGUGUGUUAAUGUUCAAUGAUACUGCUAUUUUCUACUUGCUUUCCAUGAAGAAACUGAAUGCGAACCUUGUGUUUAUGCAACUGCAUUAGUUGAUUAACUGCAAAGCGUUUAGCAAAAUGUCUGAUGUUGGAUAAAUACCAAAACGUCUUUCAGAAGGCUUUCAUGUGGUUUGUCAAAUGAACAAAAUACAAAUAUGGAUAAAUUACAAAUCUAUAAAACGGUCAAGCGAAAAGUUCCGUGUUUAAGGUCACGAAAUGAUUUCAAAGUUGUAUUUCAAAACCAAAAUGGUUAAAGAUGAUUAAAGACCUACAGA